AUGGCGAGUAUCGACUAUCUGAUGGAUCCUGGGUGGAAGUACCUCCGACAAGCUCAGGAUGAGGCUUUGAAGGUGAGCAUUUCACUUGAGAACAACGAUUUUCGCGAUCUCAUUUCGAGUUUCUGAGUUUUGCGGUAGCUUCAAAACACAAGUUUUUGCCUUUUCUAACAGUUUUUUUCUAAAAGUUUCCUUGUAAAACAUCUUUCGGAGAAGAGAUUUGGCACGGUUCCCAGGGAAAGUAAAUAUUUGGAGAGGCGGGCGAGAUGCGGGGGGAUCCGCGCAAAACAGUAGUUAUCCCACGCGAGCAAGGCACCGAAAACCGAAAUGGGCAACUUUAGAUUCGAUAAACUGAUCGAGUCUGAUUCAGGAGCAAGCAGCCCGUCGAUUCGAGAACAAGACCCACGCAUGGGUUCCCGAUGCGGCCGAGGGGUUCGUGGCGGCUGCGAUCGCCGUUCAAGAGGGCGACAAUCUCACGCUGAUGAUGCCGGCGGACGGCUCUCAGAAGAAGUUGACCAGGGCGGAAGUGCAGGAGAUCAACCCGGCCAAGUUCGAGAAGACCGAGGACAUGAGCAAUCUGACGUUCUUGAACGAAGCAUCCGUUCUGCACAAUCUGAGACAGAGAUACUAUUCCAUGAUGAUCUAUGUGAGUUUUCCCAAUUGUCGUUCACAGUUUGAAUGUCCUUGCAGACGUACUCCGGUCUCUUUUGUGUCUUCAUCAAUCCGUACAAGAUGCUGCCCAUCUACACGGACUCUGUCGCCAAAAUGUACGUGAACAAGCGUCGUGCCGAGAUGCCUCCUCAUCUGUUCGCCGUCUCCGACGAGGCGUUCCGUAAUAUGAUGUCUGGUGAGAGUGAUUCGAACUAAUUUAAAGUCCACUAGCUCGUGUUCAGACAAGGAGAACCAGUCGAUGCUGAUCACGGGAGAGUCUGGAGCCGGAAAAACUGAGAAUACCAAGAAGGUUAUUGCCUAUUUCGCAAUGAUUGGAUCCGGAAACAAGGACCAGAAAUCGGUAAUGAAAGGAAAAAUGAACAUGUGGAACACUAUGUAUUUGAGGAGUCUUCUCUUGAAAACCAAGUAGUGCAGGCCAAUCCGGCUAUUGAAGCGUUCGGAAACGGAGCGACCACAAGAAACUACAACUCUUCUCGCUACGGAAAGUUCAUCCGAAUUCAUUUCGACCGAAAGGGAAGGCUUGUUGGAGGAGACAUUGAGCACUGUAAACCACCCAAACGCACUAUCAUAAUGAGUUUGCACGUUCAGAUUUACUCGAAAAGUCGCGUGUGAUCAAGCAGGCUCCGGGAGAGCGCUCUUAUCACAUCUUCUAUCAAAUCAUGACCCAGAAGGCGCUCAGAGGUAUAGUCGAAAUCGAAUAGUCACGAGAGAUUUUGUGAACUGCAGACAAGUUCGGUCUGAGCGAUAACAUUCGGGACUACAAGUUCGUGUCGCAAGCCGAGAUCACUGUUCCGGGAAUGAACGAUAAGGAAGAGUGGGAGAUCACCGAUGUAAGUGAACGAGUUGACUCCGUCCGCAAAGAUUCCGGCUCUAUCUGAGUAAUCAGGUUCCAAAGGCAGGAUCCAGGUUCCAUAAUGGAACCUGAUUACUCAGAUAUAGUAAAGAUCCCUUUUAGACGGCUUUCAACGUGAUGGGCUUCUCGGAACGCGAGAAGGAAGACCUCUACAAGUUGUGUUCGGCUAUCAUGCACAUCGGAAACUCCACGUUCAAGCAGAAGCCGAGAGACGAACAAGCGGAAGUGGAUGACAUGAAAAGUAGGGAAGGCUUACGGCGGACGAGAAUCAAGUAUGGGUUUAGGUCCGACCGCCGCUUGCAAACUGUUCGGAAUCGACACAGAUCUAUUCCUGAAUGCGUUGACCAGACCGAGAAUAAAAGUAGGAAUGGAGUGGGUCAACAAGGGACAGAAUGUGCAACAGGUGAGUAAACUAGGCAACACAUCUCCAUCCAAUUCGGGUUCAGGUCGAUUGGGCAGUCGGAGCUCUAUCAAAGGCGAUCUACGCGAGAAUGUUCCACUGGCUCAUCAAGAGAGUGAACAAGACCCUGCAGGCCAACUCGGACGACAUGGUCUUCUACAUCGGAGUUCUGGAUAUUGCCGGAUUCGAGAUCUUCGACGUGAGCUUGAAGUGAACCUUCAGGCACAAUCAAUUGUUUGCAGCGAAACUCAUUCGAACAACUGUGGAUUAACUUUGUGAAUGAGAAACUGCAGCAGUUCUUCAACCAUCACAUGUUCGUUUUGGAGCAGGAAGAGUAUCAAAGAGAAGGAAUCGAAUGGACUUUCAUCGACUUCGGACUCGAUUUGCAGGCGUGCAUCGAGUUGAUUGAGAAGGUGGGGGAACAGUGGGCAAUGAAUAUUGACCUUCUUUUUUCAGCCGCUCGGAAUCGUUUCGAUGCUCGAUGAGGAGUGCAUUGUUCCCAAAGCAUCGGACAUGACAUACGUGGACAAGCUGCUCACUCAACACCUCGGGAAGCAUCCGAACUUCCAAAAGGCAAAGCCACCAAAGGGAAAGCAGGCGGAGGCUCAUUUCUCAAUUGUGCACUACGCAGGAACUGUCCGGUACAAUGCGGAACAGUGGUUGGAUAAGAACAAGGUGAGAGAAGAAGAAGAAGAUAUUGAUGACUUUGUCACUUGCAGGAUCCACUGAAUGAUUCGGCGGUCGCGGUGCUCAAGACAAGUGACAAGGAAGGAGUUUUGUUCCAAUUGUGGGAGGAUUAUCAGACUGACGUGGACAGAGAGGAGAGCGAGAAGAGAGGAAAGGCGGCCGCGAAGAAGAAGGGAAAGUCGGCGUCGUUCCUGACCGUCUCCACUAUGUACAGGGAGUCGCUGACCUCCCUGAUGACCAUGCUGCACACCACGCACCCUCACUUCAUCAGGUAUCGUGCUCGUAUCUGUAACCGAACACGGCACUUUUCAGAUGUAUCAUUCCAAACGAGAAAAAGACAAGCGGACUGAUCGACGCUCCACUGGUUCUCAACCAGUUGACAUGCAAUGGAGUGCUGGAGGGAAUCAGAAUUUGCCGAAAGGGAUUCCCGAACAGAAUGAUGUUCGCUGACUUCCGUUACAGAUACGCCAUUCUGGCAGCAGAAGAAGCUGCUGAGAAAGAUCCGACAAAGGUGGGAUAAAGAAAAGAAAGGCGAGAAGAUGGGAAAAGUUUAUACAGGCGGCGAAGGCGAUGCUCCGCAAGAUGAGCAAGAAUAACCAGUUGAAUGUGGACAAUUUCAAAGUUGGAACAACCAAAGUACGGUUUUGAAUGCUAAUUAUAGAAUCUGAGCACAUCUAGAAACUUUGCAGGUCUUCUUCAGAGCUGGAAUGCUGGCUCGUCUCGAAGAACUGCGCGAUGAAGCUCUUUCGGCCGUCAUUCUGAAGUUCCAGUGCUCCGCUCGCCACUAUCUUGCUCAGGUACUCGCAUAUCCCUGAAAGAAGGUGACGGUUCGGUUCGAAAUCCGUUUUUUAUCGCCUCUGUGCCAAGUGGCUUUUGUGCUCUUUGCUGCUCAUUUGUUUGUUCGGCGCCCCAGAUAUACGCACAAGAGACUUUAGCCCACUCGUAGACACUGCCCGUAGUUAUUGAUUAGUCACUGAUAUUGAUUGGUUACAGGUCGAGUACAAACGAAGACUUGACCGCGAAGACGCCUAUCCGAUCAUCCAGGACAACGUGCGAGCUUGGAUCAAGUUACGGUGAGUGGAAGUGGGAGGUAGAGUAAUCCAUCCACGGAGUUUGCAGUUCGUGGCCCUGGUACCGACUUUUCUCGCGUCUAAAGCCUAUGCUCAAAGGAAUGAAGUCGAACGCGGAGAUUGAAGCGCUCGAGAGAAAGUGCAAAGAGUUGGAGGAGAAUCACAAGAGAGAGGAGGAGUCUCGCAAGAAGUAUGCCGAUGAACUGAGGUCAGUUGCGCAUUCUGAUUCCAGCUAAUCCAAGAUAGAUUCUUGCAGACAGAAGAUCGAUCAGUAUGAAGAGACGAAAGCCGCCCUAGAGCGGGAUCGCAUGCUUCUCGACAAACGAAACAAGGAAAUCGAGGAGCUGAACCGCAACCUGAAAGCCGAGUCGGAAGCUAAUUACGAGAAUGCCAAGAAGGCUGCCGAGCUGGAGAAGCUUCGGGAGAAAGAACGGAAGGAAUGGGAAGAGCGGGAGCGGCGGAUGCAGAUGGAGGCGGAGAACGAGACGAAUCAGCACAAGACGCAGACGGAGAAACUGAAGGAACAGAUCUCCACUCUCCAAUCUGAUUAUGACAAAAUUGCGGCGCAAAGAAAGGCUCAGGUUAGCAACAAUACCGAUUCUAGGGGUUCAUUCAACUAUUAUAGGAACAAAUGAAUGCUGAGCUGAUCGAUGAGGUGGCUUCUCUCAAGCAGAAAUCAGAGCGCGCUGAAGAACAGAAGAAGAAGCUCAUCGAGGAUCUGGACGCAAUGGACGACAAGUUGGCUGCCGAGAAAAGAGCUAACAAUGAGCAUGUCAAGCGUAAGUAACCGACUGUCCACCCCGUUCUCAUUGUUCUGAAUUUCAGAUAACAAGAAGCUCGAGGGACAGCUCAAGGCCACUCAGACACAGCUGCAACUGGCUCUCAAGGAGAAGCACGAGUACGACGUGGACUGCAAAAGGUAGGCGUUUUCUAGUGAUAACUACACACUCAUCAUUGCAUUCUCAGACGGGAGGUAGAGAUUGGAGAGCUGAAACUGAAGGCGCAGGGCGAUGCCAAUCUGAUUUCCAAGCUGCAGGCGAUGCUCCGUCGCUGUAUUUCUAGAAUCGAAGAGCUCGAGGAAGAUCUUUUGGAGGAGAGAAAGUUGCGAAUGAAGGCGGAAAGACAGCACAACGAACUGAGAUCUGAGUUCGAUGUGCUCACGGAGCAAAUGGCCGAAGCGAGCGGACAGCUCACUGCGGAGGCUCACAUCAACAAGAUCCGAGCAGAGGAAGUCUCGUCGCUCCGCCGUGAUCUUCAGAGAAGGAACCUCAACCAAGAGGCCUACAUCUCGGAUCUGUGCAGCAUGCAGUACGCCACUGUCAACAAUCUGAGAAACUUGAGCCAACAGGUAUUGUGCAUUCCAAUUAGAAUAAUGUCGAACAUUUCUAAAUUUCAGUCGGCAACACUGGAAUCUGAAGCUCUCCGAAUUCUGGACACCCGUCGGGCGAUCAGCAAGCAGCCACUGCCGAGAGUGUACGUGGAGGAUCCGGACAGUGACGGCGAAUCGGCAUAA